ACAUACAGUACAGCUGAAAGCUGAAGGGAGCUGGCCCACGUGUGUUCUACCUGUUAAAGACUUUUAGACAUUAUUAGAGAUUCUCCUGCCGUGAGAUGGAUAACUAUCACAACCAGAGAGACUCCAGAAGAAACCAGCUGAACAGGGGUCUACAGGUCGACGCGUCAGGUGAGCCUGUGAAUAACAACGAUGAUGGUGCACCUGUCACACCUGACGCGGGACGGCAACAACCCGCAAACAGAGAGCCUCAACACUCCGGGGCGUACACUGUGAUACCUCCAAAUGAAUCCCAACGACGGAAAACAAUAUCGAUAAGCCAAAAAGAAGAAGAGGAUUUUAAGAGAUGGAAAGAAGCAAACAGACCGUCGUCUGUGCACACAAAUCCAGAAAAGCUGGGUGGUCAUGUGACAUUGGCUGAAGCCAGAGAGAAGCAAUCUGCAGACUUACAUUCCUCCAAAUUGCGGAAGAAGCUAAUGAAGGCGGAGUGUGACAAGAAGAGGAGACAAGAAAAGGACGAGGAGCUGGAGAAGAUGAAGGCUGUACAGAGAGAAAAGGCGGAGCAGCAGGAGCAGAGGAGGCGACAGGAGGAGCAGAGGAGGCGGGAGCUUCAUCGGCAGGAUCACCUCAGGGCAACUGAGAGUUUUCUACAGAGGUUUGAGAGGACGGCCGAGGGUCCACUGGCAUCCAGCAGUGCCACACACACGUCAUCCAGGAGUGAGGCUGUGGGGAGUUCAGCGAGGGAGAAGGAGGCAAAAAGUGUGCAGGAUGUUCAGCUGGAACAUCGAAGGGUGAACGCAUCCUUUCUGGACAGACUGGAAGGUCGAGGGCGAGGGGGUGAGAAGGGGGACGGCGUAAAAGAGGAGGAGCCUCCGUUCUUCACCUUUGAAGAGUCCAGCGUGGCUGAGAGACGACCCCCCUUCACUCACCUGGACCCCGGUCCAGAGCAGAACCUCUCUGACUGGAUGCAGGAAGGCGACUCAGAUCCAGACUCUGACUGGGCCCUGAUGGAACUGAUGAGCAGCUUUCCAAACUGCUGCAAAGUGUUCCUGGAGGAAAUCCUCGACCAGUGCAACGGGGACUACGACCAGGCCUCCGCACUCCUCAUCUCCACGCUCAGUUAAUUUGAUGUAUCUCUAAUGUGAUGGCGGCCACGCUUUUUAGAUUGUGUUUGAUGCUGCAGGAAACGUGUCACAUUCAAAUCCUAGCCUCGGGUGGCUCGGAAAAAUUUGAUACGCAUCAGGACACAGGGAUCAGGACCCCUCCAAGACGUCAAUUAAGCAGCACUUUUCUCCCCUUCUGCCCCCAGAUCUACAGAAUAACCACCAACACACAUUAAACAGAACCUACAUUUGAAGCUCGGUCCAAAGACAGCUGGACUUGUUGAAGAUCUCGUCACCUCUCCUCUGAAAGGCUUCUUCAGAUCUAAUCUAACUGGUGGACAGAGCUAGAAAUAAAAGCCUCUGUGGAUCAGUAGUUAGCUAAAUUCCUACUAAGAUUAUUUUAGAUCAUGCUACUAGUUGAAAUGUACAAAUGUACAUGUUUCUUCAAUUUGUUGUUUUUUUUAGCCUCAGCUGUCCUUGAGUGUGCUAAAGUGUGUUAUCUUUGUGUGCAGUUGUUUGUGAUAUCUAUGAAGAUGAAGGCCGUGACAUUAGCUGGUUUAGCAUUGAGAGAUGGGCUUUGAGAGUGGCACUACUCAAACUUUAAAAACACUAUAUCUUAACUUACAAAGUGUUUUAGUAAAUGAUCCUUAUCCACUUCCUUGUUUAAAAAAAAGUUUGUUUAAUCAAUAAAUAAGAAAUGGUUUGUGCUUAA